ACAGCAAUGCAGUGUCUUCUCGGCAAAGGCAUUCGCAAUAAAAACAGCGCUAACAACAUUCAACACGGUCAGCGACUUAGUAAUAAUGUCCGAUUCGGCAAGCUGUUUAUCGGCAAUCGAAGCCGGCACAUCCCAGCACCCGUGGAUCCAGGAAAUUGAAAACCUGCUACGAAAUCGUUCAAUCAAGCUUUGCUGGAUUCCAGGACACGCUGGCAUCCGUGGGAACGAGGAGGCUGACAGACUCGCUGGAGAAGCGAGGAACAUUGCUCCAUUAGCUAUAUCUGUUCCGGGGGCAGACGCCGUCAAGCACAUAAAAACAGCUAUCCGAAACCUAUGGUACUGUCGGUGGUCAGUGUCCACUGAAGUAAAACUUCGCGAAGUUAAAUUCGACACAGUGAAGUGGACUGACCGCGAGAAUUCGGCCGAACAGCGAGUUCUUACCUGGCUUCGAAUAGGGCAUACCCGGCUAACACACGACUUUCUGCUAAAGAAAACUUCACCACCAGUGUGCGACUGCUGUGGGAUCGUUGUAAAUGUCCGCCAUAUGAUCCUCCACUGCAGAAAGUACGACGACGUUAGAAGGAAGCACGACAUCGAGUCGACUAGUCUGCGAGCGGCUCUGCGCAACGACAGGAAAAAUGAGGAGAGUAUGGUAAAAUUCCUCAGGGAAACUAACUUGUUUAAAAUGUGGUAAAAUACUUUUCUUUCGACAACAAUGCACCACUUCUUGGUGUAAAGUGUCGUUAAUAAACAACAACAACAAUUUCUACUAAGGGUCCUCAUAAUGGUACGAGCAUUACUCGACAGAUUCCAAUUCUAGGUGGAGCUGAAGAUUCCUACAAUAGAUUUCCCUGCGGUUUGAGUGAUGUGGAACUCCGUGGACUAGUACCGAAUGUCAGCAGCAAGAUUCGUCUUGUCAGCUGCAAAUGUUUGCCUUGUAAAUAAUCAUGCAAUAUUGAAUAUAAAUAAGUAUUAUGGCUGCUAUUUUGAGUAACAACCCGAUGUUCAUUAACAAUGGCUGGUAACAAUGUUCGUAGAUACUUUAAGUAACUUUCGUACUGAUUUUCAGUGGAAAGCACUGUAUUCUGCUU